GAGGACAGACAUGGCUGCACGUGCAGGACAGUGGCUUUGACCAUCGAGUUGGAUAACAUUACAACCUUCAUUCUUCAGCCUCCAGGUGUGGGACAACCUUACGAGAGCACGAUGCAGGCUGCAUUGGAUAUUACGACAAAGUACUGUCGUAAGGAAAUGGAGGAGUAUGGGUCAUGUGUGGCCUUCAACCCAUCAACAUGGCAGCAAACCUGUCAUGAGCUAAAGAUGAAGGUCGCACAGUGCACGUCUUCCCACCCAGUGAUUCAGAAGAUCAGACAAGACUGCUCAAAGGAGUUUGUGGCGUUUGAGCGCUGCCUGAGAGAUAACCAGGAUAAGCCUGCCUCCUGCUCACCACAUGUGGAUCGCUUCCUUGGCUGUGCAGAGACAGUGGACCUCAGUAGCGUGGACCAAUCGUCGUAGUAUUAGGACGGCAGCAUUCAAUUUUUCAACACACAGCGACGACUGGACGACUAGAUCUACGCUGCAGCAAUGUUAUUCUCAGCGACCCGACAGAAUACAUAAUAUAUACCUUAUCCUUUUACUUCUGCAAAAAUGUAUGAUCAAUGUGAAAUCAACAGUUGACCCGUCUUAACGUGACAUCACUUUCUUUCUUUCUUUUAAAUUUUACCUUUUUUUUUUAUCCAGUUGAAUUAAAAUGUACAUCACACUUGA